UCCCCCAUCCUGCAAGGAAUUCAUGUGUGUAAUCCAAAAUUUGACUGUGCACAACUGCACGACUCACUCACUCCACAACCUCCUGUACAAUAUAAAGGCGACUGCAGAGUAUGACAAGUCCUACAUACACCUGUUCAUGGAGGAGGUGAGAAGUAGAAGGGAGUGCGAUGCCUUGGGUGUUAUAAAAGAUGGAAAGAUAGUUUAUUAUACGUAUGGAGAGAUUGAGAAGAUGGUGAGGAAGAUGGGCAUGUUCAUGGAGCAUGUGUGCAACGAGGCGGAAAGGGGGAGAGAUGGUGGCAAAAGCGAGGAUGGUUGUAAUGUGGACAGUACCGAUAGUAUAAGCGCUGAUAACAGCGUGGGAAAUAUCAAAAGCGUUAAUCGUGGAGAUGACAGCCCUGGUCAUGCCGAUCAUGGCCAACUUUCUUCUAACAGAUCGUACGUAGGAAUAUUCAUCAACAAUUGUAUUGAGUGGACGGUUACGGAUCUGUCGCUCAUUUUGACGAAUAAAAUUUCAACCACAAUCUACGCUACAUUUGGGCGAGACAACGUUAAGGAAAUUAUCGAACAGGGAAAUGUUAAAGUGGUGGUAGCCGGUGUAAAAGAGGUGGAAAUGCUAAGGAACAUUAAGUGUUUGAGAGCGGUUAUUGUUGUUGGAAAGGAGAGAGGUGUUGAGAUUGACGGUGUCAAGGUAUAUUAUUACGAUGAUGUGAUGAGCGGUGCGGAAGACGAGCACGGCAUCAUAAAAGGUAUGCAUGGUACAGAUUAUGCGCAUAAAUACAACGUGGGAUAUAGCAGUACUAAUUAUGCGCAUAAUCGCUCUGACAAAACAAUUAGUAAUAGAAAUGAAACACAUUCGAACGGAAAGUUGGGAUGCAAAAUGGAGAGCCUCUCCGAUAUGCCGCCGUUGCCGGCAAGUGCAGAUGAUAUAGCUACAAUAAUUUACUCUUCAGGUACCACGGGCACGCCCAAGCCAAUUCCUUUGUCACAUAGAAACAUUUACACGAGCAUUUUCGCACUUAAAUACGGUAGAAGCACGAACAAAUUCAUUGGCAUCAAUGCAGGCGAUCAUCAUCUGAGUUUCCUUCCGCUAGCACACGUGAUGGAAAGAUUGUUACUUUACUGCUUUCUGUUGAUAAACGUAAAAGUGGUGUUUUAUAGUGGCGACAGAAAGAAAUUAAUGGACGAUAUACGACUGGUAAGGCCCACCAUCUUUUGCGGUGCACCCAGGUUGUGGGAAGUGAUAAGAGAUGGCAUUUACAGCAAAUUAGGCUUUAUGAGCCGUCUGUUGUUCAAAUUUCUGCUGUUCAUGAAGCGAAAAAGCGUGUUGAAGGACGUGUACACGCACGAAAUUGCGGAUUUCUUCGCGUUCAAUCGCAUCAAACACAUGUUUGGUGGUCGUGUCAGGCUGUUGUUCAGUGGCUCAGCCUUUUUGGAUCGCGACCUCAAAAUUUUUAUGGAGAGUGUGCUGGGUGUACCUAUGUACGAAGCGUAUGGGCUGACUGAGACCACAGGCGGAGUCACCACGAGCACUGAUAAGUGUGGAGUUGGAUGGCCGUUGUUUAGCGAUGAGAUAAGGAUUGUUGAUGGCGAGCUGGUCGUGAAAGGAGAUAACGUGUGUACAAGGCUUGAAGAUGAUAAUUACUAUGGUGACGAUGAUAAGGUGUGGGAGAGAUGGAUUGAGCAGGAGAAAAUGGCCUAUGAGCAGAACAUGAGAACUGGAUGCGUUAAUAUUGGUGGCGGUGAUCAUGAGGAGAAGAGCAGUGUCGAUCAAGAAAGUAUUUCUCAUAAAAGUGUAAGGAUUGGUGGGGAUAGUGGUAUUACUGGCGCAGUGAACGGUAAUAAAACCUGUGAUAGCACAACAAACUUCAAAGAUGGGAGAAGUAACCGUAAAAAUGAAGAACUCUGCACCGGUAGCGGUAAAAGGUGUGAUAAAACCAGCACCAGUGCCAAAAACGAAGAAACCUGCAGUAAUGGAGCUAGCCUGUUUCAAAGCACCAAAUGGUUCAGAACCGGUGACAACGCCAUAAUGGUAAACGGCAGUGUCCACAUCGUAUCACGCCUCAAAAACAACUUUAAAACAAUUCAAGGCGAGUACAUCGUACCCGAGCGCAUAGAAAAUGUGUUCAAGAGCAUGUGCACCACCUUCACAGACAUUUUCGUAACAGGUGACACCAAGCACUCAUUCGUUGUUGCUCUGGUCGUGUCUGAAAGCACCUCAGAAGAAGUGCAGAGCGAAAUACAAAGAAUCGCACAAGUGAAGAAGAAGGAGGGCAAUUUAUUCGGAUUUGAGGUGCCCAAGCACGUGCAUUUGGUGAAGAGUAAGUUCUGUGACCUUGAAGGGUGUAUAACUGCGAGUACGGGCAAGUUGUGCCGGAAGGGAGUUGAGAAGUUGUUUUUGAAAGAGAUCAGUGAGAUGAUGGCGAGGGGGUAGAAAGAGCAGAGUAACGAGGGUGAUACGAGCAGGUGAUAAAGACGACUUUAACAUGGAACGGGAGAGGAGUAGAACUGUGGGCUGAUUGGUGCAUGCUGGGUUGCAGCGCUGUGCUUCAUAUCAUUAUCGUGAUUAGCAAUGACGGGCUAAGCGAUCGGAAGAAGUGUUCUCAUGUGACAGCACAUUGCGCAGCACUGCUCGUAAAGCCUUUUGUUGGAAGAAAUACCGCUUAAUUAAAGUGUUUAGUUCAAUAAUACACGAAUAAUG